CUCCCCUCCCCUUUUUAGCCUUUCUCACUCUCCUCUCUCUCCUUUCAAACCUCUCCCUUUUCUCCUCUCCUCUCAAGGUACUCACCCUUAAAAACUCUCACUAGUUUUGCAGUUUAUAAUGGAGGAAUAGGAGUAGAGCUGCUACUCUGUGUUGUCAGCCUCGUCGUUUUGAGGAGCUUUUCUUUAAUUUUUCUGCUUCUUCGGCCAUUGCAAGUAUUUCGGGCGGGAGUUCAUUUUAGGUUCUAUGCUCAGGAUUAUUUGAUUUAGAAUUCCUCUUCAGUUUCAGUGACAAUCCCAACACCGACGGUUUCAAACUCCGCAUUUACCUCUCAGACCACAAUUUCUCAGCCUCGCUGAAAAAAGCAAGCUCGUUGUUGAGUGCCCUUUUGGUCAGAAACUCACAAGGAAAAUUUUGGGACAAUGAUCGGACCGAACUUCAUGGACGAGAUUGACUGCGGCAGCUUCUUCGACCACAUCGACGACCUGCUGGAUUUCCCGACCGGUGAGGACGACGUGGAGGCCACGCUGGGCAGCGCCGACUGCAACACUUUCCCGACCCUCUGGUCGAAUCAGUCCGACUCGCUGCCCGGCUCCGAAUCGGUCUUCUCCGCAGGAAACAGCGCGUCGGACCUCUCCGCCGAGCUCUCUGUUCCGUAUGAAGACAUUGUUCAGCUGGAAUGGCUAUCAAACUUUGUUGAGGAUUCCUUCUCUGGAGGAAGCCUUACCAUGAAGAAAGAGGAGUCUGCAAUCAAUAAGGAAUCAUCCCACCACCAAUUUCAGACCUCCAGCCCGGUCUCUGUCCUCGAGAGCAGCAGCUCCUGCACAGUUGAGAAGAAUGUGCCGCGCAGCCCGGAAACCAUAACCCCUGGACGGCGGGGACGUGCUCGCAGCAAGCGUCCUCGCCCAGCAACCUUCAAUCCUCGCUCGGCAAUUCAACUUAUUUCCCCCACUUCCUCUGUCACUGAGACCCCUCAGCUAUUCCUUGCACCAAAAGUCUCUUCAGAUUCUGAGAAUUUUGCAGAGUCUCGUCUGACUAUCAAGAUUCCAAAACAACAAGGCACUACAGAGCACAAGAAGAAAAAGAAAAUCAAAUUGACAGUUCCACUCGGCCCUGUGGAGACAAAUCAAAAUCUGCCAUCCCAAGCGGUCAGGAAAUGCAUGCAUUGUGAGAUAACCAAGACACCCCAAUGGCGGGCAGGCCCAUUGGGGCCGAAAACACUUUGCAACGCGUGUGGCGUUCGCUACAAGUCAGGCCGGCUCUUCCCUGAAUACCGGCCUGCAGCAAGCCCAACGUUUGUUCCAUCCUUGCACUCGAAUUCCCAUAAGAAGGUCGUUGAAAUGAGAAAUAAGAUUGGUGAGAGGCCUGCUAUAGCUGAGACAACACCAACCAUGGCUGCCUCGCCGGAACUCAUUCCAAAUGCAAAUAGCAGCCUAGGGCUGGAUUACAUUUAGGGAGGAUGAGAGAGCUGUGUUCCUAGUAGGAACCUUUUCUCUUCACUGCCUCCUUUACCUCUCUUAUGUUAUUUCUCUGUUGUUUCAUUUCUUUUGUUCAUUGCUUUUUUUUUUGUACAGGGAUGGAAUGGGGGGCAAUAGGAGAAAUAGAUGACCAUAUUUUAGCUAGUAGAGGAGGAUUGAAAUGACAGAACCGAAAAAUGGGUAGACAAAGAUGCAAGUUUAAGGGUAGAAUUUAGGUUAAGUGAUGGCUAGUAGCUCCUUAAUGGUAAGUAGGUGUGAGAGUCUGUGUUGUCUCUUAGUUUGCAUUCUUUUCUUUCUGUUUCCUUUCCAUGGGAAUUCUUUUUGCAGUUCAUUUGUAGUAGAAAAUUAUGAGAUGAGUAAUGGAAUUUGAGAUUUGUCAUGCUCACCAAA